AUGAUCGUAGACUACUACAAAACCAUACUAACACAUACAACAUCACCCACUAUACUAAAAAUACUAAACACGCUAACAACCUACUUACCCUUAUUGUCGCCGCCCAAAAUCAUAAACAAUAUUAAAACCCCCCUAUCUUUCUGUAAUAAAACAGCUAUAGACAGAACAAAUAAAAACACCAUAAUAACAAAACUAAACAGACAUAUAACAAACCCCAUAAGCACAACAACCAACACACAACCAAAUUUAAACCAAAUAAUCCUACUGAUACAAAAAACCUCAAUAACACUCAAAACAAACCGCUUAACUAACUUUAAAGUUAUAACAGGAAUAGGAAACGGAACUAAAUGGGUAGGAAUAGGACAAAAUAAAAACAAACUACUGAAAACAGCAUUAUUGAGGUCGGGAGAUAACGCAUAUAAAAACAUAUACAACCUAAAGCCUGUAUAUAACGACUAUAAAAACCUGAAAUAUAAGGGGAGCAAAUUCAAAAUCAUAAACAAACCCACAAAUAUAUAUAACCUAAACACCUAUAACAACCUUACAAAACUAUCGGGAGACAAAAAAAUAAAAUUAAUACCUAUUAAAAAAGGAGCUAAAAUAAACACAUUAAAAGCUAUUCUAAAAUUUUUUUAG